CACCGCGAGCUGUGUGCGGGUCGGCCUGGCCUCUGCGACGCCAUGAAGCCCAUCAAGGGCACGGAGCUACUCAAGUACCUGCGCAAAGUUACAUUUGAAGGACUGAGCGGCGAUCGUUUCCACUUCGAUAGCAACGGAGACGGUCCAGCGCGCUACAACAUCAUCCACUUCCGCCAGAUGUCGCGCGACCACUACCAGUGGGUGCGCGUCGGCGAAUAUACGGAGAAGGGUCUCGAGCUCAACAUGUCUGUCAUUAUUGAUAUCAAUGUGUUCACGUGCUGCUCCACAGAAGUGCAGUUUCGACUAGGACAACGAAGCGUGCCCGAGUCGGUGUGCAGUCUGCCAUGCCAGAUCGGACAGGCCAAAAAGUAUGUGGAGGGUGAAAGUUGCUGCUGGCACUGCUUCAACUGUACACAGUACCAGAUCCGCCACCCUCAGGACGAGACGCAGUGCGUGAGUUGUCCGCUGGGCCAAGUGCCCGACGAGAACCGCCAGCGCUGUCGCGACAUCCCAGAGGUGUUCCUGCGGCCCGAGUCGGGCUGGGCCAUCGGCGCCAUGGCCUUCUCGGCGACGGGCGCGCUCGUCACGCUGUUCGUGUGCGGGGUGUUCGCGCGCCACCACGACACGCCCGUGGUGCGCGCGUCGGGCCGCGAGCUCAGCUACGUGCUGCUCACCGGCAUCCUGCUCUGCUACUGCGUCACCUUCGCCCUCGUGCUGCGCCCCACGGACGUCGUGUGCGGCGUGCAGAGGUUUGACAUAAAAGUUCUUAUCAAUGGUGUGUGGAUCCUAGUGUCACCACCUCGAGCUGUUCAUCAUCAUCCAACACGUGAGGACAACCAUUUGGUGUGUUCUUCGCAUAUUGAUGCUUCCUACAUGAUUGCAUUUGGCUACCCAAUCCUCCUUAUCAUCAUCUGCACUGUAUAUGCAGUACUGACCCGGAAAAUACCUGAAGCAUUCAAUGAAAGCAAGCACAUAGGAUUCACCAUGUAUACUACAUGUGUCAUAUGGUUGGCAUUUGUUCCAUUAUACUUUGGCACUAGCAGUCAUGUUCCACUGCGAAUCACCAGUAUGUCAGUGACAAUUAGUUUGUCAGCAAGUGUUACACUUGCAUGUCUCUUCUCACCAAAGCUCUAUAUUAUAAUUGUCCGGCCUGAGAGGAAUGUACGACAGAGCAUGAUGCCCGUAAGAUUUUAUUAUGUUUAUCUAAUUAACUUAGUUCAGUAUGUUCGUUAUAGUGCAAUCAAAAGUCCUGGAGUGACAGGAACUGCACAAACUGGUAGUAUGAUGGCUGCUGUUGUUUGUCCUGAAAAACCUUCUCUAGGACCACCAUCAUCCGCACAUAGUGAAGGAGUGGAUCUUGAAUUGCGAGAGGAUGUAGUCCAUCAGCUGCGACGACCUGCUAAUCCCCAACCACGUCUCCUUGUAAACCGUGCAACACAGACAACAGCAGAGUCCGCAGUUCAGCAAUCAACUCACAGUCCUCCUGAUCUUCCUACAAGCAGCAGCAAUGGGCCAGUGCUCCCAACCCCAGCACCUUGUCUUGAUGCCCAGUUAUAGCCGCUACAGUCUGGGGCUCGGCCCCAGCGUUCGAUCAAUCGUAGAUCGCGCCAGCCAGUUCUUGUGUAAUUUUGAUGUGCCAAACAGGAUAAACAUUUCUCUUGUAAAUAAAAAGACUGCCUGUCACUUGCGACAAAAAUUGUACAUCAGACAGUAUCUAUAAACCUUUUUAUUUCUUUAUGUAGAAAUCUACUGAUAGGAAAGUGUGCUCACAUACUAAACAUUUUAUUUAUGGG